AUGCAUCAUGUCAUUGUAUUAAUAUCUUUAUUAUGGACUUAUGAUCAUACAGAAAUUUCUAGAAAACUAUCUGAUUCUUUAGACACUCCAAUUCUUGCUGCAUUUGUUUUGCCAAAAGGUUCAGUCUCUCAAAAAAUAAAUCAUACAUUUUCAAUACUUUCGGAAAUCUUAGAUCCAUUUAUAAAUGUUAUUUAUACAGUUGUCGAUUGCUCCUACUCGCGGUUCUGUUUAACCCAUGGCAUCGGUCAUUAUCCAACAAUUUGCCUUUUAAGAACAUUUUCGCGCAAAUAUUGGAAAUGCACUGACGAAACUGAUAUCUCUGGUGUAUCGAACUUUUUAAAAUACGAACUUACACCUAAUAUCAAAACUUCUUCGUUUUAUUCUUCAGAAAUUCGUGAAAAACUCCUAAGUGGAGGCACUUUAUUUUCACUUAGUGCUAAUGAUCAAUCUGAUCGAACUUUUGAGGCUGUUAAACGUGCUGCAAUUAAAUAUAAACCCUUUGACGUUUUAUUUUUAUUGAGUACGUCAUAUUAUGAUGGAAAAAGCAUCACUGCGCAUUUUUCAACUAAAUGCCAAACUUCUGCUUCUCUACAGUCAAUUUAUAUUGAUGAAUUUGUCAGAUUUAAUUCAUUUAGUGUAUAUCAUCAAUACACGUAUGAAGAAUUUAAUAGUGGAGGAAAUUAUAUAAUAUAUGCAGGAUACGAAAACAGAUUUAGAGAUAAAAACAAAAUGAUUGACCAAAUAGUAGAAUUAGUCCCAUGCGAUUUUCCUGGAAAGAUUGGAUUUGCUUCUCUUUCUUCAGAACGAUGGAUUGCAGAAAUAACAGGAAAAUAUAAUUCGAUUGAUCCUUUUGUUGUUGGGAUCAAUGUGGACAAAAAGUGCUUUAUUCAUAUAAAAAAUAUAUCGCAACUUAAUGACUCCGAAUUUUAUAUCGAUUUGAUGGUAUGCGAGAAAUCUAAAAAAAUCUUACCGCGAUCUCCUUACAAAGGUAUUAGAAACGAUGCUAUGUUUCUAGUAUUUCUAGGAAUCAUAGUUAUCAGUAGUUUUAUUCUUUUAAUUUUCAAUAUGAAAUUUAAUAGCCGCAGUACAAGAAAGAACAAAUAA